AUGUUUAUAUUCCACACGAGAUGUGCCCUUUUGGCGAAUUUACCGUGCUCCCCUCCCUUUCGAGUGACUGAUCCUGCUCUAGUCUCCUGUCCAGAUCUGCUUUAUGGACCUGUGGGACCGUUUCUUUUCCUUCUGGCUGACCGAUUUCAGCGUACUUUUAUUCCAAGUGCUAUUUUUCAAGCCUUCAGUAGCACGCACAAAGUCGCCUUAUCUUCAGAGCGCCAAACCUCGGAUUCCCAUGCUUGUGGAUAUUAG